AUGGCUUGGUCUAAAAACCCAAAAUAUUUUAUAAUUGUAGGUAUAACAGCUGAGUUAUAUUAUGUUAGAAAUGGUAUCAUCAAUAAUUACGCCUUGUCCUUUAACUUACCUAUCUCUGCUGAAGUGGAUGAAAUAUACUUUACUUGGCAAAACUUGAGGGAAAGUCCAGCUAUGUUUUAUAACAUGGAUUUUACAGUCAGUAAUCCUAGAGCUAUGAAUCUACCUACUGCUAAUAUAUCUAAAGAGGGGCAAGUUCCAAACAAUCUAUCAGAUAAUUAUGUUAAAGUUAGAUUUUCUAUCAAUUUUCAUUCUAAACUGGCUUAUUUUAUGAAAAAAAACGAGAUUUCACUGUCACACAGCUUACUUGCAAAUACAUUCAAAUCUACUGCUAUGAUUAAAGGCAUCUCACUAUCUCGUUGUCAUUUCAUUUCAGAACAAAGUCGUCCUGAUAGUUUAACCACAUCAACUCAUAUAUUCUAUAUUGCUGUGGGCUGUGCUUGUGCUUUAAUACUACUUAUUGCCCUUGCUGUAGCUGUUUAUUACCUCAAUUCACAGAAGAGCUCUGAUAGUGAUUCAAGUAGUAAUCAAGCUUUAACUGCUCAAAGUCAAACAUUUUUACGUCCAGAUACACCCAAUAAUGCUACAGGAGCAGGUCUACCUAACUUCCGACGUGGUCUCUCUGCUAUAACAGAAUUAAAGUCUACUGAUGUUAAAGAAGUAUUAAAUGAAAUAGCAAUAGAAAGAAAGAAAAUAACACUAGGUGAAAUAUUGAUGGAAGGUACAUUUGGUAAGAUAUAUCAUGGUAUGUUACUAGUAGAAGAUGAGAAUGAAAUUAGUCGAGAAGAAGAAGUAUUUGUUAAAACUAUUUCAGAACAAGCCAGAGCAGAUCAGGUGCAGUUAUUUAUGUCAGAAAGUAGUCAGUUAAAAGGUUUAGUCCACCCCAACAUUAACCCUGUAAUAGGAUCCUGUUUAGAUGAUACCAGUCAACCUAUGUGUGUUUAUAAUUAUACGAAUGAAGGCAAUUUGAAAAAGUUCUUACAAAAAUGUCGCAUGUCAGAAUGUGGUUCUCAUUAUUCAUUAUCAACUCAGCAGUUAGUCUAUAUGGAAAUACAAAUUAUACGUGGUAUACAGUACUUACAUCGGAAAAAACUCAUACAUAAAGAUAUUGCUACCAGAAACUGUGUAGUUGAUAAUGACUUAAUCGUGAAGAUAAUGGAUAACUCUCUGUCACGUGACCUGUUUCCGGCAGAUUAUAAUUGUCUGGGAGAUAAUGAAAACAGACCUAUUAAAUGGUUAUCUAUAGAAGCUCUACAAGAUAAGAGAUUUUCACCAGCUAGUGAUGUGUGGGCGUUUGGUGUCACGAUGUGGGAACUAAUGACUAUGGGACAACAACCAUAUGCUGAUGUUGAUCCGUUUGAGAUGGCAUCAUAUUUACGUGAAGGUUAUAGAAUAGCUCAACCAAUUAAUUGUCCUGAUGAAUUAUUUUCUGUGAUGGCAUGUUGUUGGGCAAUGUCUCCUGAUGAACGUCCCAAAUUUUCACAGUUACUAGGCUGUUUACAGGACUUCUAUACAGCAUUGGGUCGUUACAUCUAA